AUGGAAGAAGAACUUCAAGGACUACAACUGGAUGGAAACACCAUUCAGACUCAACAACAUCAAGAACAAAGCUCGGAGGCGCCAGAAGGGACAGCAACAGCUCUCAUCCCCUGGAAGUACUGCAACGUCUAUGCCAACAACCGGAGCCCCGAGCGACUCUUUCUCUUCCAAGGCCAAUCUAUCUUCAUUCAACAACGCCUGGACGAGAAGGUCACCAUUGAUCAAAACACAGGCAAUGUUGUUUGGGAUGGAGCAUACCUGAUGGCAAAGUUCCUCGAAUCACACAUCGGAAACCUGCAAGGAAAAUCAUGUCUAGAACUGGGCGCAGGAACAGGACUUGUCAGUAUUGUCGCCUGGCUCCUGGGAGCCACACAGGUCUUGGCAACUGAUCUUCCAGGCCCACAUACGGAACAUGUCCAGAAGAACACUGGAACCAAUGCGAGGAGGAUAGCUCAGGAGAGAGGACAGAAGAUCGCGAAGCAUGAGGAGGAGGAGGUUGUUGAGUCGGUAAAGUUCAAAGGCCCCUUCUCCUACAUCCUCUGCUCCGAGAUCCUCUACCUACCCAAGUUUCACCGCGCGCUCCUCAAGACGCUGACCAAAUUCGCCGACGACCAGACGGUUGUACUACUGCUCUGGAAGCAGCGCGGCCUGGGCGAGGAGCGGUUUUUUGACAUCGCGUGUAGGCUCUCCACCGGGUGGAAGAUUCAAUAUUUGGAGAGGACGGUACUGGACGCCGAGUUCCAGGACCAGCCCUAUGGAGUCGCACAGAUGACACGUAUUCCAACAACCUCCGCUCCAUCCUCCACUAGUCAUCAUAGCUUCGCAUAG